CCUCACCUUCUUCAACCCCUCUCUCUUCUCACAGGAAAAUCAAUGCCUUCUCUAGAAGAAAUUGCAGUGACUACUGAUUUCAUUCUUUUCUUCUAAUGGUUGUUGUCCAAGCUUCCAAGCUUACCCUCCCUAAUCCGUCUCUCUUUUCUCCUCACAUAACUUCCGUUCUCUUUGAGCCCAGUUCGCUCUCUCUUGCUCUCAUGCACUCUGACUCUUCCUUCUCUCUCUAUCCUUCCUUUUCUCCUCUUUCUUCUUCCUCCUCCUCCUUUCCUUCUCUGCAUACCUUAAUUCCUUCUCCUUCUUCAUCCUCCACCUUCCUUCUCCUUCAGAGUUCAAACCCUAAUUCUACCCCUCGGGUCCUCUUCAUUGUGUCUGGUCCCCGCAAAGCAGGGUCUGAGGUUCUUCUCCGGUUUUACAUAUUGCGGAAGAGCAAGGCUUUUGCAAAAGCCCGAGUUCUUUGCUCCCAGAAAGACCUCCGAUUUGAGUCGAAUUUGGGGGUCUUGGUCAACGCAAAGCACGGGGUUUCGAUUAAACUAGCUGGGUCCAUUAACUACUUCGCGAUGUACUCUGUCUCGAGCUCCAAAAUCUGGGUGUUCGGGGCCAAGAUGGAGGGUGGCGAUGGAGGUGAUGAUGAUAGUGUGGUAGUGAAAUUAAUGAGGUGUGCUGUGGUUGAGUGUUCUAAGCCCAUUUGGUCUCUCAGUAUUUCGUUUGGGUUCCUGCUCUUAGGGGAAGAAAAUGGAGUUAGAGUUUUCAAUCUUAGACGCCUGGUAAAAGGGCGGGAUAAUAAAGCGAAGAGUCUGAAGUCAGAUAUUCGAGGAUCUUCUCUACCGAAUGGUAUCAUUGGUAAUGAUUAUAGGAAACAUGGAGCUAGAGAUCGAGGAAGUAAGAGUCACGGUAUUGAGGGGCUUUCGGAGGUAACCUGCAAUGGUGAUGUGGAGUGGAAAAUCGGAAAACAUCGUGGGCCUGUGAAGCAGAUGAACGCAAAGUUUAGACAAGAUGACAGAGAUGGAGGCGUCUGUUUUGUGGCAUUGAAGAGAUAUGAUGUGGAAACAAAAUCUUCAGCCAAGGUAUCGAUAUCCACAAAAGCAGUCUCCAUUCAGGCUCUGUCCCAAAGAAAGUUUCUGGUCUUAGACUCAGCUGGAGAUUUACACUUGCUAUGUCUUGAUAAUUCUGUUGUGGGAGCAAAUAUGACUGGUCAUAUGAGGCAGUUGACUCGCACAAUGAAAGUGCAGAAUAUGGCUAUUCAUCCAGAUGUCUCUAUGAUUUCCCAGACUGCCUGGAUAUCGGAUGGACACAAUACUGUACAUGUGGUGGCAAUUGACGUGGACAAUGCUUCAAAUGCAACUGAUGGAAAUGAUGGGGAUGAUAAGCUCCCACAUCUUCCAGUUGUUCAAGUUAUUUUCUCCGGCGAAAGGAUCCAAGAUGUCAUUUCUCUAGCUUCAAAUGCUGUUUUGAUCCUUGGACAAGGAAGCUUAUAUGCAUAUGCGAUUUCCUGAAGUUGCUUGGCAUUUUCAUAUUUUUCAUUGGAAACCAAUAGUCCUGGCUCUAGUUACAAUCUAAUGCCAACUUAAGUGGGGGUUUCUGCUGGGAAAAUGCUAUCUUCUGUAUCAGGAGCUCUGGUCGACCCAACUAACAUUGCAUGCUCAAGAUACCGGAGUUCAUCAAGAUACAUGUGGAUUUCUGAGUUGUGGAGCUCGGAGCCAACAGCUCAUGGCCGGGCCGCUGGAGCCACAUGUCUUGAAGCCUUGUUAUGGUAACCUGCAGGACUAGGACUACAUGCCCGUAACAUGUCAAACUGUUUACAGUUAGCUCAUUUUCUAUGGAUGUUGUUGGCUGAAGUUAUUGGUUGUCUGCCAGAGUACUUAGCAGAGUUCAUCAAAGAGGCUCAUAUCAAUCUUUGGCCAGCUGGGUUGAUUUCUCUGCUGGAAAAUAGACUUUGUAUUUGGUCAUCCUAGGUUUUGUCUCCAGAACAUUAUGGUUUUUCUUUUCUUUUCUUUUUAUUUCCUGAAGGUUGGUUGGUAAAUACUGGUAGCCGGAUAAUAAUGCAGCUGGUAUUAUGUUAAUUACCAAACUCUUCCGUCAAUACGAUUGAGUUUAUUAUAAUUAUGUUCAUUUUGAA